GUACAACCCGUCAUUUUCAAUACUCUCGGACUCUGAUUUCCCCAAAACCCAUUCAACGAGAGCUUGGAUCUCCAGCUUCCUUUAAUCCCGAUACGUCGUCCAUGGAGAACGAUGGUGGCGGGUCGCAGCAGGGUCCGGUUACUUGCGGGGAGUGGAUUCGGCGACCCGAAAAGCGUAAUCUGGUUCUGUUGGGAAGGUCGAGGCGCGGAAAUUCUUGCCCUUCUUUGCUCGAGAUUUUCUCCUUCGAUCCCAAUACCACUUCGUUAUCUUCCUCCCCUCUGACCACUUUUGUGCUUGAAGAAGAAGAAGGUGAUCCUGUUGCUAUUGCAGUGCACCCUAGUGGAGAUGAAAUCGUGUGCUCUUUGAGCAAGGGUAGCUGCAAAUUUUUUGAGUUGUCUGGUCGUGAAACAAGUGUAAAGCUAUUGGCCAAAGCACUUCCCCCCCUUCAUGAUGUUGGUCCUCAAAAAUGUAUUACUUUUAGUGUCGAUGGAUCUAGGUUUGCUUCUGGUGGAGUGAAUGGGCACCUCAGAAUUUGGGAGUGGCCUACAAUGCGAGUGAUUUUGGAUGAACCAAGGGCACACAAAUCUGUUCGAGAUAUGGAUUUCAGUCUAGAUUCAGAAUUUCUGGUCUCAACAUCUACUGAUGGUUCAGCUAGGAUCUGGAAGGUUGAAGAUGGUGUUCCUUUGAUAACUUUGUCUCGUAAUGCGGAUGAAAGGAUUGAAUUAUGUAGAUUUUCUAAGGAUGGGACCAAACCUUUUCUGUUUUGCACUGUUCAGAAAGGUGAUAAAGCUGUUGUUGGAGUUUGGGACAUAAGUACAUGGAACAAAAUUGGGCAUAAGAGGCUGCUCCGCAAGGUUGCUUCAAUAAUGUCAAUGAGCCUUGAUGGGAAAUAUCUUGCUUUGGGAAGCAAAGACGGAGAUGUAAGUGUAGUAGAAGUUAAGAAAAUGGAGAUUAUGCAUUAUAUUAAGAGACUACAUCUGGGGACAGACAUUGCAACGCUUGAAUUCUGUCCCACUGAGAGGGUCUUGCUUACAACCUCUGUAGAAUGGGGAGCAUUGGUCACAAAACCAAAUGUUCCAGCAGAUUGGAAAGAGUGGCAGAUCUACUUGCUGCUUCUAGGAUUGUUUUUAGCGUCAGCUGUUGUGUUUUACAUAUUCUUUGAGAACUCCGAUUCCUUCUGGAACUUUCCCCUUGGAAAAGAUCAACCGGCAAGACCGAGGUUUAAACCAUUCCUGGGAGAUCCCCAGUCCUCUGAUGAUCAAAAUAGCUUUAGUCCUUUUGGGCCAGUAGACAUGUGAGGAUGCUCUUAAUUUAUUCAUUCUUCAAUGCCUUUCGAAGUAGCAUCCGUAGCUGUAUAAUGGCCCUCAGCAUUCAUCCUCCCAGGACUUGCAGAUUUAGGCAGUUUAACCUGUCACACGUCAUUAUCUGAUAGUUUAUUGGUCGAGUGAAGUUCAUGUUUAUAUAUAUAUAUAUAUAUAUAUUACUGUUUAACUUUAUUCUGUUAUUGGAUGUUCUAUGCUCUUACAGGCCUUGUUGACCCACUAAAUCUGGAAGUGGGUUUGUCUUUGUUGGAAGACAUUGAUCUUCUAUGCUGUAUAUAAUAAUUCCCAAAAUGUUGUUGAGUUCAAUGUCUGUGUCACAAUCAGAAGCUUUUUCAGCUUAAAAGUUGUUUGACGUUUUCAA